UUACUUCAACAGCGCACUCCGGACGGCUUUCAGUUUUUGCGAGCCAGGGCGCAAUGUUCUAGCGAAUGCAGCAAUGCCGACCUGCACCCUGCGUGCACGUUCGUAUUUGCAUUCUCAUAUUCUGCGGCCUGCAACAAGACUUGCUGGAGAGCAAAGAAAACGUAUGAACUAGGGUGUGAGCUACUCACGUUACCGCUGUAGUUUGUUGUCUUGUACAUGUGGCAAGGUUGUUUUCUCCAAGUGCUGGAUAGGCUGCGGAGAUUGGCACAUUUUGCUGAACGCACCAUGGCGAGCGAAUUUCUGCGUGUGAGCCUUCUUUUCCUGGUGUUGGGAACCCAAUCACUCAUGGUUCUCUACAAUGUCCUUCCUAAGUGGGAGAUUGUGGAGAACAGGUUUGGAGACUUUGGAAAGGGAACCACUGAAUACGGACUGUGGCAGAUGUGCCUGUCGGGCUUCAACAGCGGUGACGAUGACUUCAGUGAGCCGUUCGUAGGCCGGAAGGUCUGUUACAACUAUUUCGUCACCUUCCCAUUCAAGAACAUACCGAGCGCACUGUGUGCUGCUCAGGCGUUCAGCCUCUUGGCUCUGGUUCUGGUGGUGAUGGGAGCAGUCAUGAGCAUGGUGGUGGAGUGUGAAACAUCUUCAUCGCGCACACUGCUCAAGACACCGCGCAUAGUGUUCUUUGCUGCAGCUGUAUGCACUGCACUGACGUGCGCAUGCUUCAUGUCCAUACCUCGCGGGUCUCUCAAGUCGCACGUGGGACACUACCACACUAGCUUUCGUCUUGCUUGGGCGGAUGUAGCAGUGGGCAUACUCCUGGCCAUUGUUGCCCACUUCCAUCACACAUCUCUGCUCAAGGACAGGCCUAUUAAACCGGACAAGAAACUGCUGGUAAUUGACAACCGGAACGGAGUCUAAGACAAUGUACGCAAUGCACUUGCGCAUAACUACCAUGCUAAAUGCAUCUAUGCGUCUAAUAUUCAGUCUACCUACAAAUUCUUUUGAAUCCUAGAUCCGCACAGUUAGCUAUCAUCAUCUUUUCUGUCAUCACUCGGCAACGCAACUCUAAGCGCAGUAGAGCAUGUCCCUGUGUAUAUGUAUGCCUGUGUACUUUCCUGUUUUCUGCACAGCGAUGAUGUAGAACUGAUAAAAACGCCAUGCGACCCUAACUGUUAUCUCACAAGCAGUUCUGCUUCUGUUUUGUCAACUCCUUACUUUGCACUUCGUCCUGGAACAAUUCGUGUACGUUUUCUCAUAAGAUGGUAAACAAAAACAACGAUAACAGUGAAAAAUACUGUAAA